CCGGGUGUAAUAUGAUCCCCAAAAAUUGUUUUGCCUAUUAGGUUGUUGAAAUAGUCUCCCGAAUCUUGCCACCCACACCCAUCACCAGGGUAAAUACAAACAUGGAAGACAAAGGUGUUUGCGAGGAUACCGAGACCAGUAAACCCCAGAACAUCACUCCUGAAGCAGAGCAGGGUCCCCUGGUUUCAGUCACGUUUCAAACGGACCCACACCGAAAACUGAAAUACUUGGAGUCAGAACCUAAAGCAUUAGGGGUGACCCAAAUUACCUUCAGUGUGUUUAAGAUCUUCGCAUACACACACUAUGGAUUCGGUUUGCCGAUUGACCUUGUGGUCAUAAGAAUCAUUGGAUAUGUGUUGGUGAUGGUUGCUGGUUCUCUGGCCUUGGCGGCUCAGAAUCUCCAUCUUCCCACUCUGAAGGCCUGUCUGGGGAUGCAGGUGGUAGCCUGUGUGGUCUCUAUAUUGAAUUUGCUCGUGGAUGUAAUUAAAGGGCUGGACAACCGCUUCAGUCACACGUGCUGGAUGUCAUUGCAUUACAAUGAUACAGGAGUCCAGCAUGAUAACUGCAUAAUGUUGUCAACGGCAUAUAGACAUUAUACUGUUGAGCAUUUCCUGAUCCAGACUGUCUCUGUGGCCAUCUCUGUCACCCUGGCUGCCUACUGCUGCAAGGUUAUCAACUGCUGCUCACCCACAUCCAGGAUGCCGGUGAUCACUGUCCAAGCCCCUCCCACACAGCAAUAGGAAUGAAUCAAACCAAUAAAGCCAACCAACGGGCAAAAGAAAACAUAAUCUGUCACCGUCUGCACUACCAAUACUAAUUAUGAAAAUAAUUUAUGCCUGCUAAAGAUUUGACACAUGGUAUACUUAAACCAGCUUGCAUUUUAUAUAUUUGGAUGUGUGUAUUACUGUAUAUUACAAUAAACCUAUGGUCAUUUCA